AUGGCAUCUUUUUUCUCAAGACAAAUAAAUUUUUUGAAAAAAUCAGCUGAAGAAAGACCAGCAUAUUUUUGGAGUCUUGCUAUCGGUUUUAUAGGUCCAAUCGGUGUGCUAGUAAUCCCAGAUAUACGUAGAAAAUAUUUUGGUUAUGAACCUCCUUUACCUUUUCCAACAACUUAUCCAAGUAAGUUGAAAAUCCAAGAAGAAUUGAUCAUUCCUAAAGGACCAAGAAAUCCACCCAUCGGAUAUGAAGAUCCAUAA